AUGAAUUCUGAUUCGAGCUCUGUCUCCAGCAGAGCGUCAUCUCCGGACAUGGAUGAGCUGUACCUAAGAGACCACCACCACCGCCACCACCACCACCACCACCAGGAGAGCCGUCUUAACUCGGUCUCAUCCACACAGGGCGAUAUGGUACAGAAGAUGCCUGGGGAAAGCCUCUCGCGGGCAGGCGCCAAGGCUGCAGGGGAGAGCAGUAAGUACAAAAUCAAGAAGCAGCUGUCGGAGCAGGAUCUUCAGCAGUUGCGGCUGAAGAUCAACGGACGCGAACGCAAGAGGAUGCACGACCUGAACCUCGCCAUGGAUGGUCUGCGCGAGGUCAUGCCCUAUGCGCACGGGCCCUCGGUGCGCAAGCUCUCCAAGAUCGCCACUCUGCUUCUAGCCAGAAACUACAUCCUCAUGCUCACCAGCUCCCUGGAGGAGAUGAAGAGGUUGGUUGGCGAGAUCUACGGGGGGCACCACUCGGCCUUCCACUGUGGGACUGUGGGGCAUUCGGCAGGCCACCCGGCACACGCGGCCAACGCCGUGCACCCGGUGCACCCUAUCCUGGGCGGCGCGCUCUCCUCCGGCAAUGCCUCGUCCCCUCUCUCCGCCGCCUCCCUGCCGACCAUUGGCACCAUCCGACCACCCCACUCACUGCUCAAGGCGCCCUCUACGCCGCCCGCGCUACAGCUGGGCAGCGGCUUCCAGCACUGGGCGGGGCUGCCCUGUCCCUGCACCAUCUGCCAGAUGCCACCACCGCCGCACCUGUCCGCUCUCUCCACCGCCAACAUGGCCCGACUUUCGGCCGAAUCCAAGGACUUGCUCAAGUGA